AUGGGCAUGGCAUUGUUAAACCACAAGGAGAAACUCCUCAACUUAGAGAAAACGGAGAAGAAAUCCAAUCUAAACUCCUUCUACUUCUUCCUUGUAUUCAUAGUCAUGUACAUUUCCACAUUCUACAUCUUCAAUCUCUCCCCUUCAACUCUAAUGCGCACCACCAAAUUCUGGUUCAUCAUGUCCAACACCCUCAUCCUCAUCAUCGCCGCCGACUCCGGCGCCUUCUCCCCCUCCAAAACCCUCGAAGAUUGCACCAACAUCAACCUCCCACCAACCCCUCUCCCCUGUAAUUUCCCCACCAAACACGUCCCAAAAACAACAUCAACUCAUCAUCAUCAGGCACCACAAGAAGACAGCUUCGAUCAACCUCCGGAAAAGAUAAUAGAGGUGGUGGUUGUUGCUGCUUCAGAUGAUGAUCACAUUGUUCUCACACAAGAAACCCUCGAAAUUGAAAAACAGACCGGUGGAAAAGAUGAUGAUGAUGGUGAUGAGAAAAAAAGUGAAAUUGAAGAGGAGGUGGUGGAUAUGUUGUCUGAAACUGAAAGUGAAAGGGAAGAAGACGAGUACUCGAGAAUGUCGGAUGAAGAAGUGAAUGAGAGAGUGGAGGAGUUUAUUCGAAGGUUUAGGCUUCAAGCCGUCACAAGCAGACGACCCUUGCCCUGA